AUGAGGAAUACAGUUAUGACCCCUACUGGUCUACCAGUUGAUAUUGGCACUGAUGAUGCUGCUGCUGGUCUCUACGUCUUUAAAGACCAAGAGAUCCUCAUUAGUGCAUUCAGUGCUGCUUUAACAGCUGGAGCCCUUCUUGGAGCUCUCAUUGCAGGGCCUCUGGCAGAUCAGAUAGGCCGAAGAUUGGCGCUCAUGUUGAACUCUCCUUUGGGUGUUGUUGCAUAUCUCAUUAUUGGACUUAGCAGCGAUGUUUAUCUUCUUAUCACAGCUAGAUUUAUGGCAGGUCUACCGGUAGGUAUUGGUCCAUCAGUGGCAUCAGUUUAUAUUAGUGAGGUAGCUCCGACUAGAUUGAGGGGGAUCCUAGGAGCAUGCAAUGAGAUGGCUUCAGUUCUAGGAAUCUCUGCAGUAUAUGCUGCUGGUCUUAUAUUCAGAACAGAUGGUGGUAGUUCUGAUCCCUUAGCGAGUGAUGAUACUUUCUGUGAUUGGAGACUUACGUCUUAUGUAUGUGUUGUCCCAUGUGCUCUUCUGGCUGUUGUUAUGUAUUUUGCAAUGGAAUCACCAAUAUGGCUAGCCUCUAGAAAGCACAUUAUUGAGGCUCAGAAUGUCCUUUGCAAACUGAGAGGUUGCCAAUCAGCUGGUGAUUAUCGUAUAGCAUCAGAGAUGUCCGAACUCACCAAUACCGAUCAUGAUACUACCCGUAUUGCAGUCCGAUUGAGAGAACUCUUCACUUGUCGAAAGCAGUUAAUUGUCGCUAUUGUUAUUCAAGCCCUUACACAGUUGAGCGGUCUGGAUGUCAUUGCUUUCUAUUUGGUGACGAUUUUUCAAGAUGCCCACUUGAGUUGUCCAGAUCUCAUGGCAGUAACCGUACAACUAGCUUCUGCAUUGGCCAUAGUUCCAGCAUGCCUCCUUGUGGAACGUUCAGGUCGUCGUCCCCUCCUCCUGGUGAGUAGUAUAUGUAUGUGCAUCAGUCUCUCACUCAUUGGAGUAUCCUUCUAUAUUGGGGAAGAGUCUUUAGCGUGGUUAUCGGUUGUUGGUGCAUAUGGAUAUAACUUGGGGUAUGCAUUGGGUGUUGGGCCUAUCCGAUGGCUCCUUGUAGCAGAGAUAUUCCCCAAUCGUUCUAGGAGUUUAGCAGUGGGUCUGGCGACUAUGGCCAGUUGGUUAACUCUAUUCAUAGUCAUCCUUGUGGUGGAUUAUGCUAUUGAGGCUACUUCUCGACAAGCUGUUUUCUGGUUUUUCUCUGGGGUAAGUGCAGUCAUCACUGUGUUUGUCUGGUUUACAGUUCCGGAAACUAAAGGUAAGAGCUUUGAAGAGAUUAAACGUGUGUUCUAUCCUAUGAGCACCGAUAUCAGUGCUAUUUGA